GGACCAGGAGGAGAUUGCAACGGGCGUGGCUGGUUCUAUAAAAGAAUCGCCAUCAUCCCAGCCGAUACAAUCCAAUGGCGAAACCCAAUCCCGCAGCGGAGUCAGCGCGACUUUAAUUUAAAUUUUAAUCGCAUGCCUAAUAGACAAACCUGGGGAGCCCCGUCCUCAUGCCAGCCUCGUAUGAGCGUCUGCGAGUCACGGACACGUCGUCAGAUGCAGUCCGGGGUAUGGGUAUACUAUGGAGCAUGGUAUGGUAUGGUAUGGAAUGGUUUGUUGAAGAUGGGCUAAGACAAACUUCCGAUCACGUUGUAAGUCAGCAGCGAAAUUGUACACAGAAUGAAAAAGUGCAUUCCCCAGCGGUGAUCAAGUUCAGCCAAGAUUGGAAAUGAAAUCGGGAUCAUAUUCGAAAUACGAGAAAUCUUAAAUAUAAGUUUUAUACAUUUUUAUAUCAAUAUAUUAACAAUGCACGAACCGGACUAACUAUGUGUUUUCUCUCUGUGUAGCAGACUGGGCCUAUGCCCUUGCAAAAGGGUCCGAAUGAGAGAGAGAGAAAGAGUUAAUGGAGGCAAAUGCAUCAAAAUGGUUAAUUGGAUCUGGAACAGCAAAUGACGAACACUUUUAGUGUUUAUGGCAGUAGCCCGGGCCCAGGCAGAGGGCCAAGUGGAGAUCCAAAGCCAGGUCCACGGUCCACAAACAGCAAAGGAGAUGGCGGCAGAUAGGCAAGUGUGUACGUGGAUUCGAUGAUGGUGAUGAUGGGAGCUGCGGGAAAUCUGAGCGGUACGCAGGGCAUAUAUAUAUAUAUACAUAGCUAUAUACAUACGUGUAUACACAUAUAUUCUAGGAGAUGCGAUGCGGCAAACAGCUCAAGUGGCAAGCGUGUUGUACACGACACGCAUUAGCGUGAAUGGAGCAGUUCUUGUACUUGCCUUUGCCAUUUUUUAAUCGAAUCGAAUGCGUUGAGAGCCGGGCCUCAAACUGGCCAGACAAAUGUGAGGGAAAAUUAAUGGCGAGCUCUGCAGUAAUUUCCAUUAAAGUGGGCACAGCUCCGAAAAUGCACUUGUUGCUGCUGGCCAGGCACCCAGUAAGGCAGAGGAAUACUUCCGUGUUCCUUACUAGACAGCCGGUGGAUCUCGGCGAAAUGGUAAUGGGCCAAUAUGAUGGCCUCCAUGAGCUGCCUAAUGGGCCGCUCUAUGGAGGUUUUUACUGUAGCAUUAUGGGCCCGCCUCGGCGGCAGCCACAGCCUUUUGCGGAUUUGGAUGCGGUCGAUCCAAACGUAAACGACAGGUUGUUCUCUUUGUAAUGAAAUCAAAGAAUGCCAUAAGAAAUAGCUACUUAAAAACGCAUGUAUCAAAAAAAAAUAGUAAUGAUUUUCUGCUUCUAUUCAAAUCACCCUUAGCAACAGUGUUUGUUUUAGUGGGAUAUUGAUUUAAUACUUUCCACCCACUAUGAGUCUCAGUUGGUAAGAAAACCUCAAGCCAUUAACAUGGAUAUGGAUAUGAAUAACGACUUGGAAAAGCGCAUUUCGGAUGCCUUUUGUGUGUUCGAUCAUCAUGGCGACAAGUUCAUCGAUGUUAGGGAAGUGGGCACUGUGCUCAGACUCCUGGGCUGUGUUCCCACCGAGGAGGAGGUCAACGAAGUAAUCUCGGCCACAGAAUCGGAGGAGACCAGUGGCGAAGUGCAUUUGACCAAAUUUUUGCCACACGUCUCGCAAUUGCUCAUGGAAAGAAAAAUGGAGCCUGCUCCGCCAGAGAAAAUUCUCCAGGCCUUUAAGAUCUUGGAUCCGGAGAACAAGGGCUAUCUCACCAAGGAGAGCUUUGGCAAAGUGAUGAUGGAGGAGGGCGAGCCAUUCACCCAGGAGGAAAUGGACGAGAUGUGGCCAGUGGCCAUCGACCCAAUAAGCGGACACAUACCCUAUGAAUUCUACCUUAACCAGCUCAUGGUCUAUCUUUAAGGGAAACAGAGUGGUUUAAUAAAGAUUCCAAUUCAAGUCUAGCUAUUCCACAUCCAGUUCCCUUCUUUAUUAACCUAAGGCACCUCUAGAAGUGCAAGUUGAGUUCAAUAAAGUCCCAAAAUUACACUAGUCAA